AUGGCAAAGGCAGAGUCAUCAGCUGCUGCUGCGAAGAAUGGCAUCAAAGCCAAUGUUAACGGUGUCGGUGGUGCAUCAUAUGAUCUGCCAUGGGUUGAGAAAUACAGACCGGUAUACUUAGACGACAUAGUGGGCAACACGGAAACUAUUGAGCGUCUCAAGAUCAUUGCCAAGGAUGGAAACAUGCCGCACGUUAUCAUUUCUGGCAUGCCCGGUAUUGGCAAAACCACCUCGAUCCUCUGUCUUGCCCGGCAAUUGCUCGGAGACUCGUACAAAGAAGCAGUCCUAGAGUUGAAUGCCAGUGACGAGCGCGGUAUCGACGUCGUCCGUAAUCGCAUUAAAGGCUUCGCUCAGAAGAAAGUGACUCUACCGCUAGGCCGACAAAAACUGGUCAUCCUCGAUGAAGCCGACAGCAUGACAUCUGGCGCCCAGCAAGCUCUUCGCCGUACGAUGGAAAUCUACUCCUCGACCACCCGCUUCGCGUUCGCGUGCAAUGCCUCCAACAAGAUCAUCGAGCCCCUUCAAUCCCGCUGUGCCAUCCUCCGCUACGCCCGCUUGACAGAUGCACAAGUCGUCUCUCGCCUGGUGCAGAUUUGUGAAGCUGAAAAGGUAGAAUAUUCUGACGAUGGAAUCGCUGCGCUCAUUUUUUCGGCCGAGGGUGACAUGCGACAAGCUAUCAACAACCUCCAGUCUACUUUUGCAGGCUUCGGAUUUGUGUCGGGCGAGAACGUCUUCCGUGUUGUCGACGCUCCACAUCCAGUCAAAGUGCAAGCGGUUAUCAAAGCGUGUUGGGAGACGCGCAUCGAAUCAGCGGUGGAAGGUUUAAAAGAGCUGUGGGACCUGGGAUAUUCCAGUCAUGACAUUGUGAGCAGUAUGUUUAGAGUUACGAAGACGAUGCCUGGCUUGAGUGAGCAUGCUAGGUUGGAGUUUAUACGGGAAAUUGGAUUCUGUCAUAUGAGGGUGCUGGAGGGCAUGCAAACGUUGGUACAGCUGUGGGGUUGUGUCGCGAAGCUAUGUAAGAUUAACAUGAAGCCGGGCUUGUUUGUGCCACCGUAA